AUGACCUCUCUAAUUUUUUUUUCUCAUUUUUCCUCGUUCUUUAUUCUUUUCCUUCCUUUUAAUUUUUUUCUUUUACUUUGUCGUCCUUGCCUUGCUUUUCCUUCUUGUUUCUUUAAAAUCUCUUUGACCAUCUCUCUGUGUCUUUCUCUCUCUCUCCUUCUCUCUCUCUCUCUCUCUCUCUCUCUCUCUCUCUCUCUCUCUCUCUCUGUCUUUGAUGCGUUCAUUGUAAUGGCGUCAUUUGCACUUGAUUUCGUAUUCCUCGAUAGUCAGUGGUAUGAGACGGGUAAAGACGCCAGCACUAUUCUGGUUUUGUUGCUCCCUUGGCGAGUUGUCCGAAUUGUAAACAGUUUUCUGAUGACAGUAAACCGGAAGCACCAUAUCGAAAUCAUGACAGUUAGGAAAUCCAAGAAAAAAGCAGAUAUGAAAAUAAUCAAACUACAAGCACUUAUUAAUGAAAUUACGAGAGACGUUGAAUUAUUAGUAGCUUUAAGUAGAAGCCGUGGGGCGCCUGAACAUGAAAUUACCGCGUGUCUGUACGGAAAAGGCAGGCGUGGCGUGGCCAUGUCAGCCAUCUCCUCGUUUGCGUCACUGAUGCUCAUCUCGACGUUGGGCAAGAGUAACGUGGCGGGAGACACGGAUGAUGACCUCUACGGCCAUGCAUUGGAAGAAGCUAUGAAAGAAGAUCAAGAUGACAACGAUGACACUGCAAAUGGAAUCCUCAUGGAGGAGGACGAAGAGGACGACGACGACGACGACGAUGACGAUGAAGAAGAAGAUGAAGAGGAUGGUGAUGACGACGACGAUGACGACGACGACGACGACGAUGACGACGACGAUGACAACGACCUGGAGAGUGGGCGUCGCAGCUCAGGUAGUUCGGCUAUGGACGAAAACUUGAACUGCCGGCGAGCAAUACGAAUGGCGCGUAGCAAAAUGGCCGCCGCCGCCGCCGCUGCCGCCGAUGUGGCCGGGCAAAGUUGCACCGCCAGCACCUCGUAUGCUCGACGCAACACAAUCCCCCAGCCAGCUCUGGCGACCACAACCCGUAACAGUAUGCUUUACUAUAUAAACAACGGCUACGCUUUACACGAGCCGGAUGACUCGGAGAUGGAGAAGAGACCUAGUCUACCCAGUACCAAUUCGGUACACAGUCUACCAGGACUACCCACAAGUGAUACGUUUUUGAGCUUUGACGUGGCGACCCAAAUGACGUAUCUCUGA